CAUUCGUCUCCUUCAUAAUUUGUUCAUCCUUCUCACUACGUACAGAAAUUUCUUGGAUGACCAGAUGAAUGGGGCCCUUAGCGAAAUAAUGUAUUCACAUCAAUUGGUCGCCUCGCUCCAGAAUUGCUCACCAAUGCCCACUCUACAACACACUGCAAGCUGAUUUCCCAGCUAAUGGAAGUGGACAACGUCGCCCUUCUCGAGCCUCAACUCUCUUGGGUAUCUCAAUACAACGUCCAAUGGACAAUGAUGCUAACUCAGCAUCCUUUUCAGAUACUUAUAUAAGACCCUGUCCCUAGCCCUUCUGAUCUCACUCAGCGAUCAAACAACAUCCUCUACUACUACAAGACAAUCAGACCUCAUUCCACCUACAACCAACCAGAACAAAUCAACCCACACCCCACCCUUCCCAACCUAACCAAAAUGGCAAUCUGGCUCCAAGGCCCCGGCUCCGGCGCCAUCGCCGACCCGGCCCUCAAAAUCCGCCCGGACAGAGGCGGCGCCAUCGUGCAGCCAUCCAGAUUCGAUGCAAAGCAGGGCGCCGUACACUUCAUACUCCCCGCCCCACCACGCGAGAACCCCAACAUAACCUCCGUCGCCGUUGACUUUGAAACCGAUAAUGCAUACGUCGACGCGGUGGCUAUUCGCUUUGCCAACAUGGAGGCAUUCCGGGAACGGUUCCCCGGUCCCAAGACUUCGUCGUUUGCUGUUAAAGUGCCUCCGGGAGAGGCGGAGUAUAAUGGUCGGGGAGUUGUUGUUACUGUCUAUGUGAAGUUUAGGGAGUUUAGGGCUGUCGUUGAUUUUGAUCGGGUGAGGAUUGCGGUUGAGUAAGUGCGCUUGGACUGGGUUUGGGAUUGAGUUUGGGAUUUCAGUUCUUGAUUUCGUUCUUGUGUAUUAUGUAUGAUUUGUUGGGUUAUUGCUCCCUAUCAGGAUAGGGAGUGUUGUUUAGAUUAUUGCUUUGUUUUUGUAUUUUGUGUUAACCUACCCGCUGUGGGAAUUUGGACCUAUGUCUGACUGAAUGAAUGUGCUGUGC